UGGGGCAGGAAAGGUUAAUGAGUGACCAGACCAGGCUGAAGGGCAGUUUUUACUUUACACUUUCAGAAGAAGGCUAAAUGUGGGAAAAUGGUGCCUGAAUUAAACUUCAGAUAAUCCAAGAAUACUUCAGCUGGGACUGAAAACCCCUGAAGGUAGGAGGUCAAGUUCAUGAGAAUUCUGUGCUUGGGUUUCGUUGAGGUUUCAACUGUGAGAUUGGAUAUAUUAUGAGCACCCAUCCAUAACUUAGCUCGGACAAUCGGCCGACCCUGAUUGGACUGUUUCCCCCUCCAAACGAGUUGCUGCCCGCAGCUGCUGUGGGAGCCCGAGUCGCCAUGGAGACGGUGGUGAUCGUGGCCAUAGGGGUGUUGGCCACCAUUUUCCUGGCCUCCUUCGCUGCCCUGGUGGUGGUUUGCAGACAUCGCUACUGCCACCCUCAUGACCUGCUGCACCACUUUGACUCCAAGCCCACAGUGGAUCUGAUCGGAGCCAUGGAGACCCAGAGUGAGCUGUCAGAGCUGGAGCUGGACGAUGUGGUCAUCACAAACCCCCACAUCGAGGCCAUCUUGGAGAACGAGGACUGGAUAGAGGACGCCUCUGGAUUGGUCUCUCACUGCAUUUCUAUCUUAAAGAUCUGCCACACUUUGACCGAAAAGCUGGUUGCCAUGACCAUGGGCUCAGGGGCAAAGGUCAAAGCACCAGCCAGCCUGAGUGACAUCAUCACUGUAGCCAAACGGAUCAGCCCGAGGGUGGACGACGUUGUCAGAUCUAUGUACCCUCCUCUGGACCCAAUCCUCCUCGACGCCAGGGCCACAGCUCUCCUCCUUUCAGUCAGCCACCUGGUGCUUGUCACCCGCAACGCCUGUCACAUGUCGGGCAGUAUGGACUGGAUCGACCAGUCGCUCCACGCUGCUGAAGAUCACAUGGUGGUUUUGCGUGAGGCGGCCCUGGCCUCCGAACCGGAACGUUACAUACCUGGAAUCGACGCACAGAAAGAGCAGGCCAUCUAGUACCAACACAGAUAUUAAUCAUAAACACAGAAAGGCAGCAGUAGGCCAUGAAAAUUAUGCCCCGCCUCUCUUCACAAUGAACGGGCACAUAUUCUGCAAGAUGGUGUUGAAAAAGCAUGUUUCCCCUAACUCAAUAUCAAGCAAAUAGGCUGUGCAGAAGGACGUAGUGACAUUUAACACACAAAAAUCGUCCUAGAUUUUUUUUUUUUUUUUUAAAUCAUAUUUUCAUGAAAAGUGCUUUCUGGCUUUCACACAGUUGCAUACAGGUGGUGUAUUUUGUAUGUAACCUUCCAGCAGAUCUUUAAAUAGUUGGUCUGUUGAAGGUGUAAGCUGCCUGCAAGUGAGGGGCUUUUAAAAAUUUCUUCCAAAGUGCGCCAUCGCCCAGCGGUGGGCCUAAAUCCAAUCUCGCCGUCACAUGGAGGCUUAGUCAGCUAAUCCAUUCUGAGAAAGAAAAAAAAAAACCCAGUUAGCCAGUGAACCCAAAAGGGCUCCAUCUCAGUGGACUAAUAGAAGACCAACCUGACAUAAUUGCAGUCUGUGUUAUCAGCAUGACCUGUAGAUGCUCAAAAAUCAAUCCCACAGUUACUCUUAGUUAAGAAUCACCGGUCUGGGAGUUUUUCAGACACAGAUAGCAUUCUUUUAUACCACAUCAGCAGCCGAGUAAAUGUUUUUCCAGUUGAGUUAUGCCCUUAUGUGCCAUUGCUGCAUAUUAUGUUUAAUUGCUCGUAUCAAAAGAGACACUAGUAUCUCCUCCACUGAAAUAUCACAAACUCCACCAGAUCAAUUGAUGCAAGACUCUGGUACACCACUGGUCCUAAGUGGAUGUUUCCUAUUGACUUCAGUGAUCACUUUACUGUUCUUCAGGCACCAUGAGCAGGAUCAUAUUCAUCAAGACUUCAGAUUGUCCUGGAAUCUGGUAGUGAUAAUCAAACAAACAGUAAUCACGUAGUAGUACGUUAGGUUUUAGAAAUCCAAUACUUCUGUUUGUACUAGGACAUUCAUAAGCCUGAACUUUGCAUUUAUGGAUUAUUAGCUUGUGAUAGCAUGCUAAAACAUGAACAUUUCAAUGGUAAACUUUGUUUCUGCUAAACAUCUGCAUGUUAGCUUUGUCACUGAGAGCCUCGUGGAGAAUUUGAUACAGCUCCUAAGGUAUUACUUUAUUUAUUCAUAUGAAGCUGCUCAGUGGCACUUCAUGGCAAUAAAAAGUCUGAAGACAUCAUUACCUGGAUCCUCCGGAUAGAGACCUCAUCGUUUGGUCGAGACAAUCCUACUAGUUCUUUUAUUUUUUUCCUGCGGGUUUAUUGUGUUGAGGAAUGAGACUCUGCAUUUAACAGAACUUUAAAAAUGUCAUUUGAAUUUAAGGACUAUUUAAGCAUUUUACCUUAGACUGUAUGAAAGAAUGGAUGAAGUCUGAGUGAAGUCACCCAUUGGUGUCUGAAGGGCUGUUUUGGAAGCCUAUCCAUGGUGGGGGCCCAUGUUAAACAUUCUGACAUCCUAACAGGAAUAGGGCUGGAACUGAGGCGGGCCUUAAGCCUCCUUACAAACCGCUUAAACACAGCCACUUGCAGCCAGAUCGGUCACACCCUUAACUAUGCAUCACUCGUAUCUUUCAGAAAUUCAAAAGGGCAUAGUGUCAAUAAAGACAUUAACCUGUAAGACUAAAUUCAUUUUUUUAAUCAGGCUAUUUACGUGUUGAUUUCUGCUUUCAAAUUGGGCAUUUGAACAUGGGGCUUUUAUGGGCCAUUCCAGGUCUUUUGGAGCCAGCUUACAGCAGAAACUCAAGGAAUUGCAGAUUUUUUUUGCACUUCUGCAUUGGCUUCAUUUUCAACACAGGAGCUUGCCUCCUGGUUUUUACGAGCCAGUGGUCCAACCUCAAAAUUGUCACAAUCUCAAAUUGGCUUCAAAGCCUAAUGGACUUCUGAAUUCUCCGGUGAGCAUGUUAGCAUGCUGAUGUUAGCAUUAGGGUCAAAGCACAGCUGUGCUUUCAGCCACAUGGAACUGCUUACAUGUUAGUAUGACGAGUCAACAUUUUUCAGAUUUGCAAAACAUCUGUUCUUUAGUUCUACAAGUGCGACAUUUUCUAAAUGAGUUCAGCAUCAGUUUCUGACCACCAGGGGAGGAACAACAUCAUACACAAAUAUCAAAGUAUACUGAGACUUUUUAAUCGUAUCACCAUUAACUGUUUAAAGUGUUACUGUAAAGUCCUGUUGUUUAUUCUGUCUGGAAUAUUGAGCUUUUACACACUAUGAAGAAAUAUAGUAUGUCUGUAGGCCCCAUGUAACUAUAUUAUUUUAUGAGGGGUUUUCAAAAGUGUGUUGAUGGAGGUGAGGCAGAAUUAGUGUGUCAUUUUUGGCCAGAGGGAUGUUAUUGGAGCAUGUGUACCUGCUCUUCCAUGCAUAGCUAAUAGUGAAUCCCAGAAGGGUCUUAAUAAGGCAUUACCCAGAGCCUCAAUAAGCACAUGGGCUUAGUCUUCAAUUCACAUGGCACAAAGCUUUGGGUACACAAGGCUGGAAAAUUAACACAUUAGCACAGCCAGUGACACAAUGCUGUGAGUUAUUGAGUCAAACACACUCAAUUUAAGACAAUCAGCAGGGGGACCCAAAACCUCUGUAAGCACGCCGAGAUGUUUGAUGAAGAGGUAUUGAUCGAGGAGGAAACAUUUAGACACUGGUUAGCCUUUCAUUUUAUUUUUAUUUUGUUUACAUUGUUUAUUAGCAUUGAUCUUUUUUUUUUUUUUUGCAAGCACUCCUUUGUUUUUUCUCGUCCUUAUCCCACAGUUUGUUACUGAUUUCCUUCCCUCACUCCCACACAUCUUUCUCUUUAUAAUUCUCAUUGAUUUGUACAGAUAAAAUGAAGUUUCAUAGGAAAAAAUGUAUUCUGUUGUUGCUCUGAACAAAAGCUACGGAGAAAUCCACAUCUGAUAAGAGGUCCACACACUCAUACUAAUUUGACAUAAAUAAAAGUGAAUUCCUUUCCUCUUUG